UGUGGUAAAAGUGGCUUUUAUUCACCGACAUCGAUAAAAUAUUUUUAUUAUUUUACUUUUAAUAGUUCAUCGACGCAUAAUUUGUGCCUCUUCUGCUCUGCUUUGUACAUAUAGAAACACCUGAAAAUAGACAAAAUUGUUGAAUUAAUCCCAUUUUCAGCCAAUCAGAUAGGCGCAUUAGGAAUUCAUCCAGCGGAAAUUAUGGACGAUCCUUUUUGGCAUUUACCAGAGGCUUGGUAUAAUUUCGAUUCCUUUCACCGGCAUAGUCGAUAAAUCAUUUAAGCAAACAUUAUUCAUUGAAAAAUUACACAAAUGCUUUAUAAAUAUGAAGUACCUACCAAUUCCAUCAUUAUUGUGCUUGCUGUCAUUUUUUAGCAUUCGAAUACUCUGCAGUUACAGUUGGACAUUGUCAUUUGUUUUAUACUUUUCUAAAGACAAGUGAUUGUAAUCUGUUCAAAACCAAUUACUUAUAGAAAACACACCUUCAAAUUAUAACUUUUCGUCUUAAGAAGAGUCACACUAAUCAAAAAUAAUAAUGAGCUCAGCUGGAAGUUUGUUGUCUUUUGUUUUGUUUAUAACGCAAAUAAAAAACAUCAAAUGGCGUUCUGGAACUUCACUUUUUGCUGAGAGCUUAUCAAUCGGCGAUAUAAAUGGUGAAACGACUCGGGCCUCGUUAGAAAACGACUUGCCAGAGUUCGGCUAUAACCUAAGUGCCGAUGACGAGUCCAUGUUUGCCAGAUGGGCCGUGAAAUCUUUGCCUGCUGACGGGAACAAUCGGCCGGUGUCUGUGAACGUCAUGUUGUACCUGGAAAGUCUUCGCGAUGUUUCCAGCGACGUUACUCUGGAUUUUUACAUGAUUGAAAACUGGCGUGACUCCAGAUACGUGGGGAUGCCAAAGUACGAGCCGAAAUGGCGGUCGCCUUUCAACACUGUGAAGCUACCAGGAAUAACAUCUGAAAAAUUCUGGUACCCCGACAGCUAUUUCUACCUGGUCAAGGCGGUGACUUUUGAUCGCAACGCGCAGUUCAUGGAAAUCUCCAACGAUGGCACCGUGUCUUUUAACCGAAAGGUGAGGAUUGUAAUCCCGUGCAAGCCAGAUGUGCGCAUGUUUCCCUUCGACAUCACCACGUGCAAACUCAUGAUGUCCAGCUACGCCUUCACCACCAGAGAACUCGUCUACGAGUGGAACCUUCAGCCUCCUUCAGCACGUGGGUCGGAGCCACGCUUUAAGGGAAUAUGGCAGGACGAAGACGCACACGACUACAUAGAGGAAGCUGGCUUUUCCCUCCUCAAGAUAGACGUGAACAAUGUGACCUUGAACUAUUCCACUGGACAGAGCUUUUCUGCAAUCACGGGCGACUUCAAAUUGAAGCGCAAGUACCUGGUGUACAUAGUGGAGACGUUUGUGCCGAGUGCACUAAUCACAGCGUUGAGUUGGAUUACUUUCUGGAUCAGUCGGACGGCGACGCCUGCCAGAGCCAGUGUCGGCAUCACUACAGUAUUGACUAUGCUCACUCUGGGCUCAGGGGCCAGCAACCGAUACGACAAACAUAUCAGCGGAUCCAUAAGUGCGAUAGACAUCUACGUGUGGGUUUGCUUCUCCUUCGUCAUCCUCUCCCUCCUCGAGUUUGCCCUAGCGGACUACUGGAACCAGCGGGAACUCAACUCCUACAACAAGGCCGCCCUCCGCAAUGCAUCCGCAACAACAGUGUCCAACUACCGAACCACCUCAGAUAUCGGAAAUCCAUUCGGUCGCUACCUCAAUCGAAACACCGACGAGCGGGGAAGUGGCAUCGUACAUCACAACUGUUCCAACUGCGACCCACCCGAGAAAGAAAGAGUCACGUUACUCACAAACAAUAACAGCGUCCAGAACUACCAUAACGAAUCCACCAAUUGCAAGAGUCACAGCCCCAUGGCGAACCAUCACCGCGUGACUAACAACGGAAACUUCCAAAAUGCGGAAGGGAUUCCAAUGAAUAGCGACCGAAGUGAGUUUUAUAACAACCGGUCUUGGGCUGCCACCAGGCGACCGGGACCGGACCCCACAAGCAUGAAAUCAGCCAAGAUAGACAUGAUGGCACGUUGGAUAUUCCCCACCUCAUUUUUUAUAUUCAACGUCAUCUACUGGUGUGUGAUAUCAUGGAAUCUUUAGUGAACAGCAAUGGCACUUAACUUCUGGUACAAUCCGAGACUCAUUUCAUUCCUAUUUGAUUUUUUUUCACCUGUAAUUGUUUCUUGUAGUAGCGUUAAUGCUCUGUCACAAAAGCAGCUAAUUUACCAAUUUUCUCA